AUGACACGCGCUGAUAGAGGACACGCAUUUUGCUAUCAGACACUACUCUUCCCUAUCCACGAUGUUGCUAAGUCUCCGUUGUCGGACGAAGAGGAUGAUGGGUUGGUGGUGGUGGUGGAUAGAGACCGGCGUAGCUAUGGGUCCAACACUUUGAGUUCUAACGGCUUAAUCGAACUUGGUUCGCACCAGGAUUUGAGGUUGGUGAGGCGGAUUGGUGAAGGGCCACGGCGGAAAGGGAGCAGAGUUGAAAUGUGGUCGAUGGUUUUGUCUGGGAGUCAUGGAAACUUAGUGAAUCUGGGAAUCAAGAACCCUAUAUUCUCACUUCAUGGCGACGUUCAUGAAGGAUCUUAUUUUGAUGAGGCUCAAUUUCAUUCAAAGAUGAAAGAGCUCUCAAAGAAAUCUUCAAAUAAGAGAAGAUAUACUAAAACAAGUGUAUAUGUUGAAAAUUUAACAGAGGAGUCUGUUAGCAGUAUAAAAGAUGUGACAAAACUUCUAAAAAAGGAAGAAGAGAGUCGAAUGGAUGAAAGAUUAACAUACAAUUGCAAGUGUUCUUUUCUAGAAAUCUACAAUGAGCAAAUUGCUGAUCUUCUUGACCCUUCAUCUACAAAUUUGCAACUAAGGGAGGAUGUCAAGAAGGGUGUGUAUGUGGAAAAUCUUACAGAAUGUGAAGUUCACACUGUGGGUGAUAUCCUUAGGCUUCUAAGUCGGGUAAUUACUAUUAAAUAUCUCAUCACUCAUGGUUCUGCAAAUAGGAGAGUUGCUGCAACAAACAUGAAUAGAGAAAGCAGUCGUUCCCACAGUGUUUUCACGUGUGUGAUUGAAAGUAGGUGGGAGAAAGACUCGACAUCUAACCUUAGAUUUGCAAGGCUGAAUCUUGUUGAUCUGGCUGGUUCAGAAAGUCAUGUGAUAAUGGUUCUAGUAGAUGGUGCUAAUGCAAGGACACGCCAUGUUCCUUAUAGAGAUUCAAGAUUGACAUUUCUUCUACAGGAGGAGCUUGCUAUCCUUAAGAGGAACAAUACAUCCAGGUCUUUAGCAUUUGGUCCAAAAGUCAUUGAAGAGGCUACCCAAGAACACGAGAAUGAUUGCAAUGGACAUGAUAACAAAAUCCUGAAGGUUUCCUCUAAACAGGUUCGUCAAAGAGAGGAUGACAAUAAGUGCACAAAGAUGAUGUUGAAGUUUAGAGAAGACAAGAUUCAUGAUCAGAUCCAAAAUGAAGCUGCACAGGACAAUAAAGAAAACAAUUCUGUUAGAUUAGAGAUUGUUGCGAGAUCUCAAGUUCUUGCAUCGGAAUUCUGCUCGAAACUGGAUAGAACGCCCACGAAGGUCAAUGCCAGUAAGCAUUCAGAAUCAGGGAUGCCAAUGAAAACUCCAGAAAAACAAGGAGAUCUAGCUAGGAAGAGAUACGGAUGGGGUUCGGGUUCAAGGAUGGAGGGGAAAAGCGGGACUAUGAAUAUGAACAUGAAUACAAACACUCCUAGGUCAUGUAGAACAGUUGGAAGAACUUUAAGUUCAGGACUGUCUCAAGGAGGUAGUUCAAGGCCUCCAAUCAGUGGAGGUGUGUGCGGCAAUGGAAGCUUUGCCGCGUUAUCUAGAGGACUUCAAAACACAUACACUACUGUAAAUACUGUGGAGGUACCACAUAUCGACCUCAAAGAAGAUCCAUCAUUCUGGAUGGAUCAUAAUAUACAAGUUUUGAUACAAAUUCGUCCACUCAACAACAUGGAACUCAGUGCUCAAGGUUACAACAGGUGUUUACAACAAGAAAGUGCACAAUGCCUGACCUGGACUGGAAGUGGAAAGACACACACAAUGCUUGGUGAGAUCAAUGAACUUGAAUUAAAACCAAUUCCACAGCGGGGAAUGACUCCACAUGGUGCAGAUUCUUUUGGAGAUAACAAAAUUUUGUGA